AUGGCUGAGUGUGGCGAUUCUAAAAAUCAAAAAACGAAAGCCGAUUCGAAAUCGCUGUCUCAGGAACAAAUUGUCGCCGGAUUUCAGGAGCUGAGAAAUCAACAGCGCAUGACAAUCAAUAAAAUUGCCGAAGUUGAUCUCGAUAAAAAAGAGCAUGAAUUAGUGAUUGAUGCCCUGAAAAAAGUGGAUCCAUCUAGAAAAUGCUUUCGAAUGAUUGGUGGGGUGCUCGUGGAAAGAACUGUUCAAGAGAUUUUGCCAGUUGUGAUAUACAAUUGUGAACAGAUGUCGAAAAUCUCCGAGACACUACGAAAGCAGUUGGAAGCCAAGGGGAAAGAGCUGCAGGAAUACAGAGAGAAACACAACAUCAAAAUCAGAGGAGAGAGUGACAAGCCAUUCGAGGAAGAGGAUAAAUCUACAAAGAACCUCACACCUUCGAUCUUAGUUGCUGGAGAACAUUCUUCUUAG